AUGUCCGGUCUCAUAUCCGACGAGAUCGCCGAGGACUACAAGAGCUCCCUAGAGGACUUGGUUUCAAAUGAUGCCUCGCAAAUCCGCAACCUGACCGUCAUCGCCAAAGAGAACACAGAAUAUGCACAGGCUAUCUCGCGGGUCUUGGAGAAUCAUAUUAGCUCAAAACAAACGCCACCACCUCACAAGCUCCCAGCCCUGUAUGUAGUCGAUUCCAUUGUCAAAAACAUUGGUAGUCCCUACACACUCUUCCUUGGCCGAAACAUGUUCUCGAUCUUCAUCAAUGCAUACUCAUCAGUGGAUCCGAUGACUCGGAAGAAGCUGGAUGAGAUGCUGAAUACCUGGAAGCAACCAGCUCCAGGGUCCCUCGAUACUCGCCCUGUUUUCCCUCCUGAGCUCACGCGCAACAUUGAGAGCGCCCUCAUCAAGGCACGCACCGCAGCUCUACAACAGCAGCAGGCCAGAGGCCAACCGGACUUUCUUAGUCGUCGCGGAAAUACAACUCCAACUGGGUGGAACAAUGGCCAGUCUCAGAACAUUCCUAGAAACCCUCAGCAUCCAGGUAGCAGCCAUACCUCGACGCCUCCCGUUAACAACCGAGACACCGACCUAAAUUACCUCAACCGCGAUUUGGAUGGCUUGAUUGCGUCUGCUAGGAAUGACUUUGCGAAUAGCCCAUUCAAUCCUGCCUGUCAACAACGUCUGAAAGCGCUGCUAGAUCUCCAGGGUAUUCUACAGAGGCAGCAGCUAACUCAGGAACAGUUGAAACUUGUCCGCGACCAAGUAUCCAUGCUUGCCGCCACCAAACCCCCAUCUCCCUCUAACGCUGGUUCGAAUGGACCAGUAGCUCCUCCAUCCCUCCCUGUUCCACCCGUGCAGCCAGUCUCUCAACCCUUCCAAAACCUGUUGAACCCUGGAACUCUUGCCGAGCUGAUCAAAGCCACCGCUUCACGUCAACACCCAACUCCGCCUCCUCAAAUUCCCGCUGUGCUGCCUCAGAUGCCCGUUCCCCAACAAAGCAGCACUCCACAACCAGCAGCACCCGAGAACCCUCUUAUAGCGGCCCUACGGGCGCGCGGUCUUCUACCUGGUGGCUCUACGCCCUCUCCAGUCCCACCUUCGGGCUCGACUCCGGCUCCGGGGCCUUCAUUGCCGUUCAUGAUGCCCAAUGGCAUGCAAUCUAUGCCUCCUUCUUUUCCGACUCAAGCACCUCCUUCCAAUGGCUCAUCUGGCGUUCCCAUGAACAACGUGUCUCUGAGAAUCCCCCGACCAGGACUCAUUGUCUCUCUCUACGACUCUAGGUCCAACAAAUGCGGAACUUGCGGUCGUCGAUUCUUUGCUUCGGAGGAAGGAAAGGAAUUGAAGGCACGCCAUCUGGAUUGGCAUUUCAAGACUAACCAGCGCAUGACGGAGGCAUCCAGGCGAGCCCAGACUCGUAGCUGGUACGUCGAUGAAAAGGACUGGAUCAAAUCCCGGGAAGCUGGCGAUGACAGCGGCGCUCUGGAUCCUCAAGCUACGGAAGGUGUCGAUUCCACAGAUGGCACCAAGCAAGAGCCCCCCAAACCCUGGAUUCGGGCCCCGAACGAUGCCACACUACGCAACACUCCAUGCCCCAUCUGCCAGGAGAUGUUUGAGUCGACCUGGUCUGAAGAUGUUCAGGACUGGAUCUGGCAAGAUGCUACUAAAGUGGGAGCCCGUGUCUUCCAUGCCAGUUGUUACGCCGAGGUUACCAAGGAUGGCCCUGCUCCGGCGCGUGGUACGCCACAAGCGCGCACUGGUACGCCAGAAUCGGUGCUGGGCAAGCGCAAGGCUGAAGGAACUGAGUCUCCAGGUCAGAAAACGCGUGUCAAAACAGAACAGGCUUGA